AUGUCGAACAUCGCCCAAAUCACUUACCGCGGAGUGGAAAACUCCGUCAAGAGUGUUACAUCCAAAGUCCCCACUCUGGGACCGUUUGAUGUCCUCGUCAAGGUCACACAUUCCAGUCUCUGUGGCACCGAUCUGGCCUAUAUCCCUUACGGAAUUGCACUUGGUCACGAAGGCAUUGGCAUCAUCCAAGAAAUUGGAAGUGCCGUCACUCAGCUCAAGAUCGGCGACCGUGUCGGAGGUGGCUACCAUAGAGGCUCCUGCGGACACUGCAAAUAUUGUUUGAAUGGACAAGAUAUCUGGUGCUAUGAGAGAGUCGUCUUUGGGGAGGGAGAUUAUGACAACGGAACUUUCUCUCCGUAUUAUAUCGGGAGGGAGACUUACGUGCACAAGAUUCCGGAUGCCAUUCCGAGCGAGUUCGCUGCUCCGUUGCAGUGUGCGGGUGCCACUGUGUACGGGGCAAUGGUAGGCAUAGUGAAGCCUUCUCAGAGGGUGGGAAUCAUUGGAAUUGGUGGACUGGGUCAUCUCGCAAUCCAGUUUGCCUCGAAGCUCGGUGCAAGUGUGGUUGUCUUCAGCCACAGUGCGAACAAGGAGGCCGAAGCGAGAUCGUUUGGAGCAGAAGAAUUCCAUCCUCUUGAUGAUAUAUCGAAGAUAGCGGCUCCUGUCGAUGUGCUUGUUCUAACGGCGAAUAGAUAUCCUGACUGGAGCAAGUUUCUGAUAAAAUCAGUUCUCGCACGUACAGGGACCAUUAUCCCCUUGUCUGAACCUAGCGGACCGAUGGACCUACCUUCGUUCCAAAUGUUCUUCGACGGCUACAAUGUCCGCACCAACCUCGUUGCUUCUCGCGGAGUACACAAUGACAUGCUGGAAUUUGCUGCUCGUCACAAAAUCAAACCUACGAUUGAAACUUUCCCAUUGUCGGAAGAGGGACUGAGCAAAGCAAUCGAAAAGUUGAAGGCAGGAUCUGUGAGGUAUCGAGCCGUGUUGGUUGCCAAAGGUGAUCAUUAA